UGUGAGGAGGCCCGUGGGGGACUGAAGGUUUUCCUGGGGAGCGAUAUCCAUGCCACCGUCGCUGACCCCAGAAGACUGGGGCUGCCUGGCGGACAUGGGCACGCCCUGAAACGCCAGGGUUGCCCCCUCAACAGAUUUGGCAGCUAAGCAUUUUUUAGAAGAAACCCCAGACGGCAGUUGAGCCCCCAUGUCACAGGGCGGCAGAGGGCGGACCGUGAAGGGGAGAGCGAGUGGUGUGUGACCAGGGGUCUCUAGGAAUACAACCUCCUCGGGACAGGGGCUGUCUUGUGUUUGCACAGUAGCAAACAGGAGGGUCCCAACCAGGGGUUUAGAUGUGCAAUGCCUGAGAACAUGUCCCUGAGACUGGGGGGAAGCAGCAGCCCCACCAAGGACAAAACAGAGGCUGGAGAUGGCUCUAGGCGAGUGAUCACCACUGUCUUUGUGGCACUCUUCAUAGACCUGCUGGGCUUUACAAUCAUCUUGCCACUUCUUCCUUCAAUCCUUGAGCACUACAGCAGGAACAAUGAUGGCUUCUAUUUGUCAUUGCAGCGCAGGGUGGACUCGUUCGCUGUAAUGAUUGGGGUGCCCCCGGAGAGGAAGUACAACAGUGUCUUGUUUGGAGGUCUGAUUGGCUCCAUAUUUUCCAUCCUGCAGUUCUUCUUCUCUCCACUCACUGGUGCUGCCUCCGACUACUUGGGAAGAAGGCCAGUCUUGUUGUUGACAGUGAUGGGUUUGAUAGCAUCCUAUGCUCUGUGGGCCAUCUCUAGGAGUUUUGGGAUGUUUCUCCUUUCCAGAAUUGUAGGUGGAAUAAGCAAAGGGAAUGUCAGUCUCUCAACGGCUAUAAUUGCUGACUUGCACUCUCCAAAAGCACGGAGCAAGGGAAUGGCAAUGAUCGGUGUUGCUUUCUCCUUGGGUUUUACCCUGGGUCCAAUGAUUGGAGCUUACCUGGCUAUGGAGACAGGGAAAGGAGAAGUCUUCUACCUUCGGUCAGCCCUGUUGGCUCUCAUGUUUGCUGUGAUGGAUUUAAUUUUCAUCUUUUUCCUGCUUCCAGAGACACUCCCCAAGGAAAAGCGGGUGUCCUCUGUGACAUCUGGAUUCCAGGCAGCAGUUGACUUGCUCAGUCCCCUGGCUUUAUUUCAGUUCUCUGCAGUCACCAGAGGAAAGGACUCCCCUUCAAAGGAGAACCUUCAAAACCUCAAGGUCCUGGGUCUAGCUUAUUUCUUGUAUCUCUUCCUGUUUUCUGGUCUGGAAUACAGUCUGAGUUUUCUCACCCACCACCGGUUCCAGUUCAGCAGCAUGCAACAGGGCAAGAUGUUCUUCUUUAUUGGAAUAACAAUGGCCCUGAUUCAGGGAGGCUAUGCUCGCCGAAUCAAGCCAGGAUGUGAGAUCAAGGCUGUGAAAAGGGCCCUAAUGCUACUGAUUCCAGCUUUCUUGUUAAUCGGAUGGGCUCCUAAUGUGAUCGUGCUGAGUAUUGGACUAUUGCUGUACUCUUUUGCGGCUGCUAUCGUUGUUCCGUGCUUGUCAGCAGUGGUGUCAGGCUACGGCUCGGCCAGCCAGAAAGGGAGAGUGAUGGGAAUCCUGAGGAGUCUGGGUGCCCUGGCAAGAUCUGUAGGACCAAUUGUAUCAGCAACAGUUUAUUGGCUGGCAGGAGCAGAGGUUUGCUUCACUGUUUGUGCAGGCUUCUUCCUGCUCCCCUUCCUGCUUCUUGGCUGGAUGAAACAGCAAACAAAGAAGGAGUAGCUAAUGUGAGGAGCAACCUGAUGGCUACUGCAGCACUGCCACCAUGUUCCCAGCAACUCCAGGCACAGGGUAACGGCAGCUGGCAAGAAGCAAUUCCUAUUUGAGGAGGGUUUCUGGAAGGGAAUGCCACUUCUACUGUGCAGUCCCCACCAGCAUUCGCACCAGCACAGCAUCGCUCCAAUUUCUUAUCUCAUCUCCAAAGUGUUCUUCACAAUACAGCCCGUCAGCUGGUUCAGCUGGCUCUGAGAACAGACGCAUGCUGUACUCUGGCCAGCUAGGAUGGUGACAUCAUACCAUGGCUGGUUAAACGCAUAUUUAUGGGUAGAAAAAUCAUACUGCUUAGUAUGCUCUGAGACCUGCAGCACAACUUGUGCUGGAUAUAGAAACCAUGUGGGUUAUGUACAAUUUCCAUCCAGACACAACAAGUGAAAUACCAUCAUGCCAUGUGAUCAUGAACACAGUAUACCAAUUUUUUUUUUUAAACAUAUACUCUCUUUGUAAGUUUCAUUUAAAACACUAACAGCUCAUCCUAACAGUCUGGCAAAACCUGCAGUCCAGAGGAGGGUAAGGGGUAGGUUACUGGCCAAGAAGUAAUUCACCCAGAUUAGGUCCUGAUGAGGAAAUAGAUCAUCUUUCUUUUUAUUUAUCUUUCAUACUUACUUUGCCAGAAAUGUUUGCACUGCCCCCUUCAGUUACCAGUAGCCUGUGGGAUGUAUUAGGGGCAAGAGCUGGUCUCUCUUAAAAUAUGUACCUGUUGCCUUAAACUCUUAAUAUUAAAAAUAGCAGCUUAUGAUUUGUAAGCCCUUCUAGCAAGGGCACAUUCUGUUGUCUCAACACUGUGUUUACAGCCUUGACAAAGGAUCGUGAGCAAGUAGGUGCCCUCAUUUUUAUAUGCAAUAUAGUUGGAAAAUGUAUUUAGCUACUUUUUAUACUUGUUAUCAGUUGUCACAAGAUUUUGAAAGCUACACUGUUGUUUUGCAUUAAACAGUCACAUUGUG